AACUAUAAAAUUCAGUGAAGAGAGCGAAAAGAGAAAGAAGCAGCGAGGCAAAGUUCUGGUAAAAGCACGGUGCUUGAUUUCUCAGGGAAAGUCAACCACUUAAACCCUCUACAUCUACAGAUUUGCUUCCUUAUCAAACCCUAAUCAGAUUUCUAAAGAAAAUUGCAGCCCCACGACUUGAGUUUGUUUCUAGCUUCCCCUGGCAAACGAUCAAAGGUGUUGUUCAAGUUGAGGUGAAGAGUUGAAUCCAUGUUUGUGAAAUAACUUCCAGGACUGGUGGCACUUGGUACUCGUAUAUGUGGUAUCUUCUUUAAUGUAUCAUUUUCUGUACUCUUAUGGGAAGUUGGAAUUUUCAUCCAAUUAUCAGAAUCAUGAUGGCCAAAAAAAUGACUAAGAAGGACUAUUUCCAACUGAUAUUAACAUGCCACAAAUUGUGUAACUAAUGUAUGUUUCCAUCUGUGGUAAAUUGAGAAAAUAGAUACAGCAGAAAGAAUGUCAAGGGGCCAGUCUCAGCAAAGAAAUGAUUCUCAGAAGAGGGCUUUAGAAAGGAGCAAAUUGAAGGGAAAAGCCAAUAAUGUCAUUGACAUUGAUGCUGACAGAAACCCAAAUUUUAUCAUCAUUGAUGUCCCAGAAACUUCGGAAGGGAAGUCUCCUGAUACUAGCAUGUCUGGAAAGGGCAAAAAACCAGCAUGUAGGAAUGUUAUUUGUAUUGACGAUGACGAUGAUGAAAGUGGUCAUUGUGGCAGUUCACUGGAUGGUUUUGAAGAGGGUGGAAGUGAAGAUGCUUGUUUCGCAUCAAGUAAGAGAUCUCAGCAUUCUUGUAAUCAAGGAAAGAAACUAUCCUCAAAGUCUUAUCUUUAUCGCCAAAAAUUUUCCUCUGGUACUUCUUGUGAGGAUGAUGAUUCUGAUUGUGACAUCAUGGAAGAUAAUCAGGGAAAUAUCCGUCAACAGUGGCAAGAGGCUUCAUUGAGGAAGAAGAUGUUUGAGAAUUCCCCAAAAUGUCAAUCUGUUCUUUGGGAUAAGGAUGGUCCUGCUGGAUUUAAUAUCAAUUCUCAAAAUAAUGUGGAUGUAAGGAAAACAGCUAAAGUGCCAACUCCUUGUUCAAGCUAUGAAAAUCAUGAAAGUGGUAACUUCAAGCCAUCUGCAUGUAUUGAUGGAGAUGCAGGUGGUUCUACUAAUACGUCAAAUGGAAAGAAUCAGCACACAGAUUUGGAAGGUACCAUCUGGAGUGAGAUGUGUGAAAAUCCUCCCAGCACUCGAGUAGAAAAUGAGAGUGCUUCCAAACCUUCCACAAAUACUCAACUACAGGUGGAAGUCAAUCCUCGUCUAUUUAUUUCAAUUAGUGACGAUCCAUCUGACGUUCAAAACUAUAUUAUUGGAAAUAGAGAAAUGCUCAAGAAAACUGAGGCUUUUAAACUUGCUCAAGAAGAAGAAUGGACAUCCAGACAAAGAGAGUUACAAAGUCAGGCAGAAGAAGCCCAGCGUUUACGCAAAAGAAGAAAAGCUGAGACUCUACGUCUAUUGGAAACAGAGAGAAGACAGAAACAACGGGUGGAAGAGGUUCGAGAGGCACAGAAAAAGGAUGAGGAAACUCUGAAUUUGAAAGAGCAGCUUCGCAUUGAGGUAAGGAGGGAAUUGGAUAAACUGGAAGCUAAUAGUAAAGAUAUGGCUUCACUUCUUCAUGGCCUUGGAAUCAAUAUUAAAGGUGGUCUUUACCCAUUGCCUUCUGAGGUACGUGCUGCUUAUAAACAAGCUCUUCUUAGGUUCCAUCCAGAUCGAGCAUCAAGGAGUGACAUUCGCCAACAAAUUGAAGCCGAGGAAAAAUUUAAGCUGAUUUCUCAUGCAAAAGAGAAAUUUAUGUUGUGAUUCGCGAAAAAUAUGAUUUAUUUCCAAAUUUUGAUCAGUCUAGCCAAUCCUUUUGUUACAUAGUUUUUUUUUUUUUUUUUUCCAAAAUUUUGUUAAAUUCUGUUACAUAGGUUGAGCAUAUGUUGUCAGAAUCUUGUCAUAACUAAGCCAUUAGGUCCUUAGCCUUUUGAUAAUAUCAUAGUAAUAACCAUGUUUAUAAUCUUUUACACGACGAUACAAGUUAGUGUGCAAAACGAGUAUGAUAGACGUGAAUGUUAAGAUGGAUGUUUGGUGACAAGAUGCUGGAUAGGAUUAGAGAUGACUACAUCCAUUGGAGAAAGCGUGUAGCACAUAGGAGAUAAAAUGAGAGGGUCGUUUAAGAUGGUUUGUUCAUGUCUAACUGAGUGCUAAUGUCCUAAUAUGAAAGUGUAACAAGUUAGUAGAAGAAUGAGUUGAAAAAGGGAAGAGGGUGAUUUAAAAUGACGUAAAGAAGAGUAAUAUUAAAGGGUUUACAAGUUUUGAAUAUUAAUGCGGAUUGAAUGUCUAAUAAAGCUGAACGGUGACAAAUAAUUUAUAUAGUCAGCCUUAAUUAAUCCGGCUUAUUUGUUAUUGUUGUUGCACUUAGCUGAAUAAUUGUAUGACUUAGCUGAAUAAUUGUAUGACUUGGAUUUCAUGUGCUUCUGUUCUGUUUGCCAUAGCAAUCUAGUAAUAUUAAAGGAUUUACAAGUAUUAAAUAUUAAUGCGGACUUGAUGUUUAACAGAGGUGAAUGAUAACAAAGAAUUCAAAUAGUCAGCUUUAGCUGGUAGUUGUUACUGUAGUAGCAUUUAGCUGAAUGGUUGUGUGACCCAGAUUUUGUAUGCUUAUGAUUUUCAUAUUUGCUGGUAGCAGUCUAAGAAGCUCCAUAGCAGAAAGAAAAGGGGCAGAAGUGUGCAAGCUGAAAUGGAAUGAAAGUUGUGUUGAAUCAUAUAUGACGUUGUGUCGUGAAAUGUUGUGUUGAAUUCUUCUUCUUUUGUAUUGUUCUUAGGAUUCAAAAUUUUGGCAGGUUGGAAGAAAACUUUCCUUUAUUAGCUCACAAGCUUGUCAAGUACUAGGGCUGUAACGUCAGCACACUGGUGGUUAGUGCACUAAGAUCUGAGCGUUACAGAACCAACUAUUUGUGAAGAGUUGGAAAGGUAUAGAUUUGCAUAAUAUUUCUAGAUUUGGUUUUUUGCUUUUAUAGCCAGCGGUUCUCUUGACUUUUGGAUUGCCUAUGCAAGAUGAAAAACCUUAUUAUUCUCCUUGUCA